GGACUACUUAUUACGAUGCAGGUCACGCCGGUCCUCCUCCUCAGCAUAUGCGCGUGCGCGUUGGUGGCCGCGUUCCCUGCGCCGGAAUUGACGGACGCGCAACUGGAGCAAGUCCUCUACAACCCGACCACCAUCAAGAUGUACAUCAAGUGCGCCACCAUGGAGGGCCCUUGUGAUGCUGUUGGGAAGAGGAUGAGAACGCUCGCCCCGUUGGUGCUCCGCGGCGCAUGUCCACAGUGUUCAGCGAGGGAGACGCGCCAAAUCCGACGCACGCUCGCCUUUAUCCAGCGCAACUAUCCCUGGGAAUGGGCCAAGAUCGUCCGCCGGUUCGGCUGAACUACCACCAACCCUGAA